AUGUCGACGACUACUACCUCUCCUCUAACGCCACCGUCAGUUAACACCGUUGGCAGUUCGCAAACUCUUCUAACCGAGGCACGGGAGUAUCUCCCCGACGUUGACCAUGCCGUCUUCAAGCACUUCCGCAUCAUCAAGAGGGUCGAGGGAAAAGCUCAGCAGUACGAGUGCAAGUUCUGCAGCAACGUAUACACUAGUGCUGCCAUCCGAUGCGCAAGAAAGAGAGAAGCGGACGAGGCACUUGCGCUUGCUUGGGCCGCCCUCCAUAUCCCCGAGCGCCACAUUGACCAUCCUCUGAUGGUCAAUGCAUUGAACCUCGUCAAGCGCGUCGGCAUCGACUACGUCCCUCCCAAGAGGAGAUACAUCGGCGGUGCUGGCCUUCUCUCGUGUCGCAACGGAAUCGAGCAGGGUUUGGUGGGCAUUAAGGCGAGCUGGAAGAGGACGGGCGUGACGGUUUCGUCCAACAUGAUGACAGACCGCAACGGCAGGCCGCAGGCCAACGUGCUUCUCGUAAACGAUUCUGGCGCCGUCUUCACCGACUGUAUUGACUGCAACAUGGAGAGGAAAACCGGAGAAUACGUGGCGGGGAUUCUUAGGCCCGUGGUGGAGGAAGUGGGUCCAGAAAACGUUGUUGCGUUCUGCAUGGACGGGGGGUCGCACUAUGCGGUGGCGGUGAAGCAACUCUUACAGGAGUGGCCGCACAUUCAGGAUGUGCCGUGCGCCACUCACGUAUUGGAUCUUCUCAUGGAAGAUGUCGGGAAGAUGGGAUGGGCUAAGCUGACGGCCGAGUUCUUCGUCGCACUGCUGAAGCUGCCUUUUAAGGUGAUGAGGCAGACGGACGGGCAUGCCGUGGGGAUGAUGGGGAGGCUGUACAAUUUGAUGCUGCAUUUGACUGAGGACGUGGGGGGCUUACUCGAUGCGGACGAGGAGCAGCUGAGCGACAGGGACAAGGACAAGAUCCGCCGCAUCCUCAGAGACCGCUGGGACGGCAGCCUCGCAUGCGCCAUGCAUGUCGCUGGCCGCAUCCUCAACCCCGCGAAUCAGGAGGAAGAUAUUUUCGGCGCUGAUCCCGAGUGCACGAAAGUCUUCAAGGCGUUCAUCAGCCAGCAGGCCGAGUUCCUUGCGAGCCGCGGGGAUGGGGGGGAUGACGCGUGCGACAUCUUGCUUGAGCUGGGGGACGGGUUGAGGACGUUCCUUAACAUGAAGGGUUCUUUUGGGAUGCCGAAAGCCGUGGCACAGAGGAAGCUAGUGAAAGAGGUAAAGUAUAGCAUGGUGAAGUGGUGGCAGUGGAAUGGGACUAAUGCCCCUCGAGUGGCGGGGCUCGUGGUACGGGUGCUGUCUCAGGCCGUGUCAGCCUCACCUUGUGAGUGUGGAUGGUCCUCGUGGGAUGCCGUCCACACCGCACGUCGCAACAGGCUCGGAUCCGCCAAUUGCAGGGACUUGGUCUAUGUUGCGCACAACUGGAAUGUUGUGCGCAACUGGCACACGCGCGUUGAUGUCUUGCCACAUGUGGCGCCCGGGAUUGGAGCGGAGCCUCCAAUCCCGACGGGAUACAAUGGGCUGGAAGACGAGACGAAGGGAGAGGAUGAGGAGGAAGGCGAAGACGACAUCUUCGAAGACGAGUACGCUAACUAG